UGAAUUUCCACUAAAGCAUGCGUGAAUAAAGACAAUCGUAAUUUGACUAAACACAAUUGAUGACACUUGUCAUAUUUUGUAACACUUCUGAGAGCUGUUUUGUUUCCCGUGCAUUGAACUAUAGUGGUACGGUCCGAUAGUAUUGAAGGCAAAGCUAGAAAACGGUUUGUUUUCACCGAGAGGAGGAAGUGCUGCUGCAGCCCCCAUUUUUAAAACACGGCUGUAACAUUUAUUUAAUAGCUGGUUGGUUUUCGGACAGCAGCUUUCUUAGCUCGCCAUGGCUCUGUGCGGGGGUGUCGGAGCCAUGGCUUUGCCCAGCGAGCUUAUCGUCCACAUCUUCUCUUUUCUGUCGGACCGAGACAAGCUGCGGGCCUCGGCCGUGUGCUCUCGAUGGAGGGAGUGUCUCUUCUACCCCGCGCUGUGGACCGAGCUCAAACUGCGGAUAGGUGGUGGUUGUAACGGCGGCGGCUCCAGCUCCGAGGAGACCCCGAAGCUGGAGUUUCUCAUGCGGAAGUUCGGUUCCUUCGUGCGGGAGCUGCAGCUGGAGCUCGCACCGGUGGAAGGCUACCUGAGUCCUCUGAACAGCGACCCGUCGUCCGCCAGGAUGGACCAGCCCGACAGCGACCCGCAGCUCUCCGAGCGAUGGAGAGACGCCAUGGCCACCUACUUGGACCAGGUGCUGUGUGUGUUCUCCAGCAUCCGCAACAACAGAAACCUGCGGAAGCUGAGUCUGUAUGGAGACACCUGUGUUCUCCAGCAGGAGGGACUUCUGGACAGCUCCAAACUGCACCAAAUUCACCAGGGGGACAAGAAGAUCAAUGAAAUCCAGCAGUUGUUCAUGGAGGUGUUGUCUAACGGCCGGCAGCUGAGGUGGUUGUCCUGUAGCUUCAUGCUGGGUCUGGUGACUCCCUGCUCCUUAGCCUGCCUGUCAAACCCUUCAGCAGAGACCCUGCAGCACCUCAGUUUACUGGACCACCAGCUGGGUCCCCUCAUCUCGCCAUCAGAGUUGGAUCGUCUAUCUAACCUUCAUUCUUUGGCUCUGGAUUUUGCCGAUUUGACAUCUGAGCUUUGCGGUCUGCUGGCAUCUCCUCUUCGCACGCCGCUGCAUCGCCUCUCCUUGCUGCUCAACGGCGCCGCCCUGGAAUUCAAACCGCUAGACGGGACCGCUACAGAGGACGACUGGAAAGCACUGAUUAGCGUGAGCGCCAACCUGCGGGUGUACAUCGUGGCCCUGGAGGUCAACAGCUCGGAGCUCCUCAGGGUCCUAAAGCCCAGCCUACCACUGGAGCGCCUCCACCUCGACAGUUACAGCACACUGGUGACCGACGGCACACUGGAGCUCAUCUCUCAGCAGUACAACAAAACGCUGACUCACUUCCUGCUCAUGAGGGACGACCCCGACUUCCCCGACCUCAGCAUCAAUCGGAACGAAGACCCGCUGGUCCUCUUGUCAUGGAGAUGUACGCAGCUGGCUGUACUGGUGAUACACGGUUACACGGUUUGGUCCCAUAAUUUGGUGGCCAUCUCCCGGCUGCGUGGCUCCAGCCUCCGCGUCCUGACCGUCUCCGAGGAGAGCGUCGACUUCGAUCCGGACCAGUUGGUGUGCAUGGAGGGUGACCCGGUCCACAACCUGGUCAAGGAGGUUUCCCUGGGCCUCGGCCGCGUCUGGCACCCCUGCCUGGAUUCCAGCCUGGUUUUGUCCGAGCCCACCCAGCACUUCCACCGCGAGCUGCACGCCUUCAGCGUCGGCAUGUAGGCAGGGAUGGCAAGUCCAGCGCGUCACAGCCCAAACUGUGUCAAGACCAGGCCAGACCGACCAAAGUCCAAGUCGACUCAGACCCCUGACCCAGGCCAACCAGAGACCUAAGUGAGAAUCUAAACUGGAUCUUAAAACAGUCUAUGAAUCACAUUCAUGUGAGCUGAUUGUUUUUAUUUUACUUUUAUUUUUUUGUGUUUGUUUCGCGGGGGUUUUAGCGCACAAUCAAGUCAUUUUCCAAAUGAUUCCCUGUUUUCUUGCUUUGCCUCCUGAUUAUCUAGUUAGCCAAUGACUUCAAAUUAAGAAUAUCCCUUUUCAAAUUAGAUAUUUUAAUACAAAAUACUAUAUUCAUUCAAUUUAAUAUCAUACCAAUCUGUGGUCCCUGACCACAGACGAGACUUGUGUCAUGACCAAUAUAUUUUAUUGGUCUGCUACAAUGGGUCACUCGGCCGCUUCAAAUGCCCUCUAGUCUGGCGUGGCCCAGUCUGGUCUGGUCUUGAUGGAAAAGUAUUCAGAGCUCCAUGUCCUCUCCUUCACUGUAAUAACCUCCAGAGCCUCUGUAUGAUGUAACUUUGAUUUAUUUUAUUUUCUCAGCUCAACCUGCUCUGUAUAACCUUGUUUUUCCCCCGUGUGGUGGUUCCCUUGCCUGUAUAGGCUUUGUGUGUAUUUAAACACGGAUAUAUAAUUAUCCUGCUCACAGCUAGAACAGGACAAGCAGGCAGGUUGAGUGAUGGGCCGGUGGGAUUUAAAAGGGAGGGGGGGGGCUUUAGUUGUGAACAUAUUUUUCUUUUGAAACCUUUGCUCUGCGUUGGUCUGUCUGUCGGCUCCACUCUAGCACACUAACCAAUCGAUCACUUCCUGGGUAACACAAACACAGCUGCUCCUUUUGUCACCUUGUCCACUAGCUGGAGAGCCUUGGCAGCAGGGUGGGAAUCUCCACUGUAACGUGGCUGACUGUGGCGGGUGCUAAUCAGUUUUAAUGCUGUUUACCAGCAUGGACCAUGUCAGUGCUAUGACUCUGAUAUUCUAUCCUUUUUGAAUGGUUUUAUUGAGGGUUUUGAGCCCCUUGCUGGUGGUGUUAUGGAGAAUAUUGUUACAUGCUUGCAGCCAACACACUUCCCACCCUGCCCACUUGUGGAUCUUUGGUGAAACCUCGCUAGUAGAUUAAAUGGGGAGCCUCGUCUUCCGACUGACGUUCAGAGCCCAACUAUAGAAUCAGCCCGUCACAGUGCGACACAUCUGUAGGGAGCUCCUAGUUGCAUCUUUUCUUUCUAUAUUCAGAAUGAAUAUAGCUGCCUUUGCGCACC